GUAAGUGUGCUUAAAAAUAUGAAUGCAAAAAAAUAUAAUAAUUAAAUAAAUAAAUGUUUGUCGCCGUAAUCCCUCCGCGCCGGCAGAUGGCGCUGCCGCCAAAAAAACAAACAAAAAAACUAGGACCUGCAGCGAAAAAGUGUUGUGACUGUUUGGUACACUUUCUCCACAACAACAGAGGUUUCAUCUGUGAUAUUAAGAUUUUAUAAAAACACAAAGGACAUGGCAAACAGCGAGGAUGAGAUGGAAGAAGAUGACACCGAGUGGAAGAACAGUUUGGUAGAUUCAGUCCCACUCAUCCCCGCUGCUGCUGCUGCUGCUUCUGCUCUAAGCCUCAAUAAAACAUCAGGACCAGUACACAGAGUCAUUCUGCACUUUGACCUGGACUGCUUCUAUGCUCAGGUGGAAAUGAUCAGAAACCCAGCACUGAGAGAGGUCCCAUUAGGUAUUCAGCAGAAAUACAUCAUAGUCACCUGUAACUAUGUGGCGAGGGAUCAGGGUGUCACCAAGCUGAUGUCUGUGACCGACGCCAAGGAGAAAUGUCCUCAGCUGGUUCUGGUCAAAGGAGAAGACCUGACACACUACAGAGAAAUGUCCUAUAAAAUGACAGAGCUGCUGAUGUCCUACUGUCCGCUGGUAGAGAGGCUUGGAUUUGAUGAAAACUUCAUGGAUGUCACAAAGAUGGUAGAAAGCAGGCUGGCACAGACACCGGAGUCUCACAAGUUGUCAUUUAAAGGACACGUCUACAACCAUUCCAGUGCAGAUGUUGAAGCCCGUGAUCAUCCGAGGUUGGCUUUAGGUUCGCACAUUGCAGCCGAGCUGAGAGAAGCCGUCCGCAGCAAACUGGGUCUGACUGGCUGCGCUGGCAUCGCCACCAACAAGCUGCUGGCCAAACUGGUGUCGGGCAGCUUCAAACCAAACCAACAAACCACCCUGCUGCCGGAGAACGUCAGCGACAUCAUGGGCUGCCUGAGCAGCCUCCGAAAAGUACCAGGGGUCGGUCACCAAACUGCGAAGAGACUUCAAGCCCUGGGUUUGACCAGCGUGAAAGACCUUCAGCUCUUCUCGCUGAAUGACUUGGUGAGAGAGUUUGGAGCUGCCAGCGCUGAGCGGUUGAAGAAUCUCGCCCUCGGUAUCGAUGACUCACCUGUCACACCUACUGGAGCCCCUCAGUCUCUCAGUGACGAAGACUCUUUCAAGAAGAUGUCAUCAACUAAAGAAGUUUCUGAAAAGAUUCAUGAACUCCUGAGCAGUCUGGUGGAGAGGAUGCACAAAGACGGCAGGCAGCCUCAAACCUUCCGGCUGACCAUCCGGAGAUACUCAGCCACCAACAAGUGGUUCAGUCGGGAGAGCCGGCAGUGUCCCAUCCCCAGCCACAUCGGACAGAAGAUCACCUCUAGCAGCAGUGAAGACGCUGUGGUCCAGCUCGUCCCGUUGGCCGUGAAGCUUUUCCACAAGAUGGUGGACAGCAGGGCCGCCUUCCACCUCACCCUCAUUAAUGUUUGCUUCAGUAACCUGCAGACCAGGGGAGCUGCCGCCAGCGGAAAAGGCUCCAUAGCAUCUUUCUUCGCACACAGCACGUCUCCCAGAAAGACACAAGUCCACUCAUCACAAAGCCAGGAUGCUUCCUCUCAGAGCGGGGACAGUCUCUGCACGGAUCAACAGUUCAGCGCACACAGCGUGAUGACUCAAUGUACCUCACAAAAGACAGUGACGACUAAAAGCCCUCGUGGCUCUGAGGCAGCACCGCACUGGUUUAAAAGAAAGGAGAGAGUUGUAGAGGAGCCUCUGCUCCAGAGAGAAUCCUGCAGCACAGCGAAGUCAGACCCCGAAGAAACAAAUAUUACAGGGACGCAUCGAUUGCCCGCAAACGUUGACCCUGACGUGUUCAGGUUUCUCCCCGAGGAAAUCCAGAAGGAGCUGUUAUCUCCUGCCUACAGAAACUCCCUCCCCAGCUCAUCUGCAGUCGUUAAUGUCCCCAAUAUAACACAGAAAAAGUCCCCACAGUCAUCAACAGACUCCCAAAAUGUUAGAGAUACAAAAGAGGCUCUAGACAAAUUGGAUCCACCUAACAGGCUGACCACCGUGAAUCAGCAGAGGCCCGCGGGCACGAGUGACUUUCAAGGAGAAAACGUCAUGGAGGAACAGAGGCCCUCAUUGCCCCGGUCUUCUGACUGCGAGUUUCCGGGAAAUGUGGACCCUAAGGUGUUUUCCGAGCUUCCUCCGGACGUUCAGAGGGAGCUGAUGUCUGAAUGGAAGCAACAGAAACCCGUCCUGAAGACGCCGUCGUCCAGGAAACCAGCAGCGAGGAGCCUGAAAGACAGAAAGGCUGCAGGGAAAGGCAGUCAGGCAAACAACCUGUUCAAGUAUUUCAAACCCAGUUAGACAACGACAGGUGACUUCUGCUAAAGUUUAUUUAAGACAGAAAUAAACUCAUAUGUUCUUAUGUUUUUUUCUCUUUAAAGAAAAUUAUUUAUUUUUCUAUUCUUGAGUUCUUCUUGUGAUAUAUAUAUAUAUAUAUAUAGGGAGAGUGAACAAAAUAAAAGAAACACUUAACAGUCCGAUACAGCAAGAAACAACUUGAGGCUUUUUGUGUUUUGGUGACACGACUGGAAAUCAAAAUUAAAGUUAAAAUCUCAAAGAUCUUCAAUUUGUUUUCUUUGGUGGCAUAUGUGGCAAUAAAAUUACAUAUAUCUCGAUAUUUUUUGUUUUCUGGUAAUCCAAAAAAAUAAAUAUUUUAUAAGAAAUAAUCACAGAUAUUUCUAAACUCCUGAAAUAAAAACGUAACAAAUUAAAAGUAUUUUCUCAUUUAAUUAAUAACUUAAGGUAACAACAUAGUUUUAGAUGAAAUUAUUGAGAAAAUAAAUAAAUAUAAAAAACAUCAGUUUUUCUGGGAAAUUUGCAUUAUUAUGUGCUUAUCAAUUUAGACGACCUUAUCACGCAUCACAUUAUCUCUUUAGGAUGUUUUCUCACGAUAUGAUUCAGUUGAAAAGCAACAAAUUAUAUUGAAUUAUCACCCAGUCCUACCUUGAAUUAAGGUUUUAAAUUUCUGUAAAAUCAAAGUCCCAAAAGUCAAUUAAAUUUCCUCUAAAUCUGUGACAAUUCCAACAAAAACAGAGCAAAGAAAUUAUUUAUUUCAAGUUUUUCAUUGGGUGUUUCUCUUAUAUUUGUUGCCCCAGUAUCUCCAUGUUAAUAUUCAGAUUAGUUGUUGUUUUGUAAAGAAGAAUACAUUGUUUAUAAAAGUAAAUAUUGACUUAAAAAAACA